CUAUAUCUUGUCUUAAAACAAGUCCUCGAAUCUUAAUCCUCACUGGGCUGACUGUGCUACGUCAAGAUUUACCAAGUCGGUCUCUUUACCUGCACCAGCUUCGGCGUCUGCACCCGACCCCUUUUCCAUUCAUUCUUUUGGUUACUUUCAUCCUCCCGAGUUAUGGCAGAAAUUACUGGUUCAAGUACCGGCGCCAGUAUUGCACCUGAUAUAAGGCGCAGAACUACCGCGCGCGCGGGGAAGUCGGAUGUUGUGUCAAACCAAAAUUACACUGAUGCAGUAGAAGUGAAAUACAAGCCUCGGCCAAUUUCUGACUUUACUUACUGGGAGCCUGUCAUCGCACCACUGCUGCUCACAGCUUUGUCAAUCUUCACCCGUAUGUACCGCAUUGGACGCUCCAACAUUGUCACAUGGGAUGAAGCACACUUUGGCAAGUUCGGGUCGCACUAUUUGAAGCGCGAGUUUUACUUCGAUGUUCACCCACCAUUAGGCAAGAUGCUCGUCGGACUAUCUGGCUAUCUCGCCGGUUACAACGGUUCCUUCGAAUUCAAAUCUGGAGAACAAUACCCUGAGGAUGUCAACUACACCUUUAUGCGUGUAUUCAAUGCUGCCUUCGGUGUGGCUUGCGUCCCCCUGGCAUACUUCACCGCUCGUGAGCUUGGUUUCCGCCGAGCCACGGUCUGGCUUAUCAGUCUGAUGGUGCUUUUCGAGAAUUCGUACGCCACCAUUUCGCGAUUUAUUUUGCUCGAUUCUAUGCUGCUAUGCUUUACUUUUACAACCACCCUAUGCUGGGCAAAAUUCCACCGACUCCAAAAAAAGAGCUUCUCCUUCGAAUGGUUCACGUGGCUUUUGCUCACUGGCGUGAGCAUUGGUUGUGUUUGCAGCGUCAAAUGGGUUGGAUUUUUCUGCACAGCGAUCGUAGGGCUUUAUACGGUUGAAGACCUCUGGAACAAAUUCGGUGAUGUGAAGAUGCCCAAGGAUGUAUUGGUGAAACACCUACUCGCCCGCAUAGCUGGCUUGAUACUUGUGCCAUGUCUUGUUUACAUUCUCUCGUUUUACGUCCAUUUCUGGAUCUUAGAGAAUAGUGGCCCUGGUGACGCGCAGAUGAGUUCCCUCUUCCAGGCAAAUCUCAAGGGAACUGAGGUCGGGCAGGAUAGUCCUCUUGAAGUCGCACUUGGCUCGAGGGUUACAUUGAAGAACAUGGGCUAUGGAGGUGGCCUGUUGCAUUCGCAUGUUCAGACCUACCCUGAAGGUUCUGCUCAACAACAAGUCACUUGCUAUCACCACAAAGAUGCGAACAAUGACUGGUUCAUUUAUCCGAACCGCCAGGAGUUGGGAUAUGAUGCUAAUGGCCCAUUGAGAUUCAUCGGCAACGGCGAUGUGAUACGCUUGAUCCAUGGGCAAACAGGCCGAAACCUGCACUCGCAUGCGAUUUCAGCACCGGUAACCAAAAGCCAUUACGAAGUAUCUUGCUAUGGCAAUAUCACCAUCGGGGACGACAAAGAUCAUUGGGCGAUUGAAGUCAUAGAUGAUGUCGCUUCCAAGGACAAGAGUAGAGUUAGAACACUUACGACAGCCUUUCGGUUGAAGCACCCCGUUUUGGGUUGCUACCUGAGAGCUGGCAAUGUCAAUCUACCACAAUGGGGCUUCAAGCAGAUUGAGACCACCUGCGUUAAGGAGAAUAGGCCUAAUGAUGUCUAUACUCACUGGAAUGUCGAGUCUCACUACAACGAGAGACUCCCGCCAGGUGAUCCUGGUUCCUACAAGUCGCCGUUCUGGAAAGACUUCAUUCAUUUGAAUGUUGCAAUGAUGACAUCUAAUAAUGCACUGGUUCCUGAUCCCGACAAACAGGACGAUCUCGCCUCAAAGUUCUGGCAGUGGCCCGUCUUGAAUGUUGGGCUCCGCAUGUGCUCCUGGGACGACAGUACUGUCAAAUACUAUCUUCUCGGAAAUCCUUUCGUUUACUGGGGCAGUAGUGCCAGUCUGGCUGCCUUUGGGUUCCUAGUUCUUUGGUACCUUGUGCGCUGGCAGCGAGGUUACAAUGAGCUCUCACAAACGGAAAUUGACCAUAUACAUUACUCAGGCAUAUACCCCGUUAUUGGAUGGAUUCUGCAUUACUUACCUUUCGUGGUUAUGGCACGGGUGACUUAUGUCCAUCAUUACUAUCCGGCUCUAUACUACGCCAUACUCACAUUCGGAUUCUGUAUCGACUGGUUUACCCGGGCAGUCAAUGAUAAGCUACGUGGGGCGCUAUAUUCGGUGCUUUAUCUUAUGAUAUUCGGGAUGUUCUUAUACUUCCGUGUUAUUGUAUUCGGCAUCGAGGGUCCUAGCCAUGAUUGGAAGCAUUUGAAUUGGCUUAGUGGGUGGAAAAUCGGUAAUUGAGGGGCCAGUCCUCUCAUCCCAAUCACUUCCCCUUCCUAGGGCCAGUUAGCCUGUUUCUUUGCUCCAUCGCUUUCUGU